UCGAGUGUUGAUGUUCACCAAAAUGUCCGAGUGUUGACCACCCAUCCCCCGUGUCUUGCUUGAGGAACAAGAUCUAAUGGGCCGUACACCUUGGAAUGAGUUGCAUGCAAGCGACGGUGUCGCCUAUGAUGCAAACAGUCAUAAGAUGGCGCCGGCCCUCGGAGAUUGAGUCGACCCGCUACCCAGCAGCCUCCAAUCCGUGCAGCUAUCUUCUCGGCAACUCCCUCUGUUACAUCAUUUCCGGCUGUCUGCUGCUGGUCGUCGGGGUCAUCAUUACGUCACUCACCUUUCAGAACUUGGACGGCACGAGCAGCGAAAAUAAAGAGAGGUACGCUGGCCCAGUGCUGAUCGCUGCUGGUGUUCUUGUGAUGGCGAGGGGCGCCCUUAGCCGGCUGUGGCCCAGACGCCAGACCAUGUCGGCCCGGCGACGGUCCUUGCUACGUCGCUACAUCCGGGAGAUCUACAGUAGACCAAUUUUUGCCUUACAAAACAAUUCCACCUUCAGCCUUUGUGAUAUGGAAGUCUCCGACCUGUAUCAUGUGUCCUCCAGAACACGUCUGUACAGCGACGACCCUCCGGCCUACGAGGUUGUCACUAGCAACCAGUACCUCUACGGCGACACCUUCGUGCACGCCUACACCAACCCGGCCAACGACGUAGAGGAGGAGUACGAUGACGAGGACGAUGACGUCAUCGAGUCACGAGACACGCCCAUCCGCAUUGUGAUCAGCCCCAACACAGACUCUGAACCCGAGCCCGACCCCCCCACCGAGGACCCCAGUCCGCCGCCCUCCUACGAGGAGUACAUUAAAUCUGAGACAAUGAAGACAACGAGCUUGUGAAUACAGGAUUGUGGGGCUUCGUGAGAGUGUGGAUUCUUGAUUGUGGGACAACAUUGGAUUGGGAAUACAGGAUUGUGGGGCUGUGUGAGAUUGUGAGUUCAUGAUUGGGUACCACAUUGAAUUGGGAAUACAGGAUUGUGAAUUCUUGAUUGUGGGACAAAAUUGGAUUGGGAAUAAAGGAUUGAGGAACAACGUGGGAUUGUGAAUUCUCGAUUGCGGGAUAACGUGGGAUUGUGAAUAUAGGAUUGUGUGUUUUUAUGGGAUUUGUGAAUUCAUGACUGUGGGAUCAAGUGGAAUUGUGAAUACCGGAUUAAGUAACUGAAAAGGAUUGUGAAUGUAUGAUUGCGUGGGCUUAGAUCUAAUUUUGAAUGUAGUACUUUGCGCCUACUUAUGACUGUGUAUUAGACUUGUGAGGAAAUGAUUAUGGGGUACAUGAGUUUUAUAUAACCACAGCGUCUACCAGUGAUGUUCACCCAUAUUGUGGACACGCAUCAAGCUUAAAACACGUUUAGAUGUUCAUUUACUUCCAUGCUUUACACUGACUGCAUGCAAGCAGUAAAGGAUUUUUUUUUUAAAAUUACCUAUA